CGCUUUACUUCAGUUCAGUGGCACGCAGAACUUGCUGCGCGGAGGCGAAUCAUCAGGUGGAUAUAAAGAGUGUGAUCUUAAAAAGAAAAACUUUAUGUCGACAUAAAUUAAAAAAUAAAUAUUCAGCAAAUAGUUGCGUAAUUUGCGAUACGAUUUCAUAAACUUUCUGGAAGAGAAAGAUAAAAAAAUAUUGAAUAUCUCAGAACGAUGACUUUGGGAAAUGAUUCCACCAUGCACACCCCGAAAAAAAGCAAAACACUACUUCAGGUUCGAUAUUUGAUGGCGAUAAUGGGCUCUAUCGGUCUUGCUAUUCUCUACGGUUUCAAAGUCAACGCCAGCGUGGCAAUUGUCGCUAUGGUAAACCAUAGUGCUGUAAAAUCGCUCACGCCUUACGAUUCAGAAAUUAACGAUAAUAAGACAGUGAGCGUUGAUGCUUGCCAAUUUGACGUUUCAAACGUUACGAAAAUUGAAAGCGAGGACGGUCCAUUCGUAUGGGACGAGCUUGUUCAGGGUCUCAUUCUAUCCUCUUAUUUUUGGGGCUACACAGUGUCCAUGCUGCCCGGUGGACGAUUGUCGGAGCUUUGGUCAGCCAAAUGGAUGAUGAACGGUUCGAUUCUGUUGAAUGUCAUAGCCUCCGUUCUAACGCCCGUUGCAGCACGUAUUCAUUACGGAUUCUUCAUAGCAAUGAGAUUUCUUCAGGGAAUCGGUGGCGGUGUAUCGUUCCCCGCUAUGCACGUUAUGAUUGCCAAGUGGGCGCCGCCAAAUGAAAGAAGUAUCAUCGCCUCGAUCGUAUACGCAGGAACCGCACUCGGUACCGUGAUUUCUAUCUUAUUAACCGGAAUGCUAGCCGCGAAUUUUGGUUGGGAAUCCAUUUUCUAUAUAGAAGGUGCACUUUGUUUAAUUUGGUGCACCGCUUGGUGGUUGACGAUAGCGGAUUCUCCGCAAGAACAGACAAAACUUAUCAGUGAAGAAGAAAAGGACUACAUCAUCACAUCUUUGGGAGGACGCGGCGAGAAAAAUCUUCCCAAAACGGUUCCGUGGAUAAAAGUAUUUCGUUCCAAGCCAUUCUUAGCCAUCUUGAUCGCCCAUUUCUGCAGCAAUUUCGGAUGGUACAUGUUGCUCAUCGAAAUGCCCACUUUCAUGAAUCAAAUUUUGAAGUUCGAUAUAAGCUCAAAUGCAGGAUUGUCAUCAAUUCCAUUUUUAUGCAUGUGGCUUUUUACCAUGAUUUUGAGCAAGGUAUUAACUAUUCUCCAGGAAAAAAGCUUGAUCACAGUGACGACAUCUAGAAAAAUCGGCACUCUUUUUGCAUCUCUUGUACCUAUGCUGUGCUUAAUAAAACUGUCGUACAUCGGAUGUAAUCGCAUACUGGCAGUUCUGUUAAUGACAAUCGGAGUGACUUGCAUCGGCGGGAUGUACUGUGGCUUUUUGGCAAAUCAUAUAGACAUAGCACCGAACUUUGCCGGUAGUCUCGUAGCGGCGACAAAUGUUGUCGCCACCAUACCUGGCUUUACCGUACCAAUUUUUGUGGGACAACUAACUCACGGAAAUCAAACGAUAGAAGCAUGGCGGAUAAUAUUCUUCGUAACAAUCAUACUGUACGUAAUCGAAAUAGUGGUUUACACCGUCUUUGGUAGUGGCAACGAACAACCAUGGAACAAGAUCAGUACAUCCGACGACGAAGCAAAUGAGACAGUAUCUCUAAACGAUAAUAAUAUGAAAUAGAACUUAUGUUCAAACUUAAUGUUUUAUACAAUUUUAUAUGAUUUAAUUUUGAGAAAUUAUUAAACUAAUCGCGUCGCUUCUAUUCGCGCGUGGACGCGUUGACGCAUUCUGCAUGCAGUAGCCAUUAUUUUAAUUUUCAUGUAUCUCUCUUUAUCUUAAUUUUUUUUCUCAUGUUGUGUAUAUCUAUUAUAAUAAAGUUCAAGCUUUCACUCAUAAGCCAGUCGACAAUAA